AUGCCACCAAAAGCGCGUCAACCGCCUCGAAACUUGGUGGAGCAAGAGGGGAGGAUUCAACUUGCAAUAUCUGCUUUAAAAAAGCAAGAAAUUUCGUCAGUUCGUCGCGCAGCAACUGUUUUUAAUGUGCCUCCGUCAACAUUGCAUGAUCGACUCAGUGGGAAGCAAUAUCGAAUUGAACAGCGCGCCAAUGGCCACAGGCUUACUGCGAACCAGGAAGCAUCAUUAAUUGAAUGGAUUCUAUCUAGAGAUGCACGUGGAGUCGCUCCUAGGCCUUCUCAUGUGGCAGAAAUGGCUAGUCUUCUUCAAGAGACAGAUCCAACAUCCUCCCGACCAGUUGGAAAGAACUGGGUUUCUUCCUUUAUAAAUCGACAUGAUGAGGUCAAACCUCGCUUUGCUAGACGAUACAACUACUCGUGCGCGAAAUGUGAAGAUCCCCGGGUUAUAGAGGCAUGGUUCAAGCAGCUAGAGGAGGUUCGAAAGCAGUGGGGUAUACAGGAUGAUGAUAUCUUCAACUUUGAUGAGACUGGCUUUGCCAUGGGCCUUAUUGCAACUACAAAGGUGGUUACCAGAGCUAGUAUGCCUGGUAAACCUCAUCUUGUUCAACCGGGCAAUCGAGAAUGGGUUACUACAAUUGAGUGCAUGAAUUCAAGUGGUUGGAUGGUGCCUUCCUGCAUCAUCUUUAAAGGCAAGCGAUUCAUCGAGGGUUGGUUCGAAGAAUAUGGGAUACCAACUGAUUGGAGGAUUGAAUUAAGCGCGAAUGGUUGGACAAUAGAUCAAAUAGGCCUUCGGUGGCUUGAAAAGGUCUUUAUUCCUGCAACAGCUACACGAAAGGUGGGGGGAUAUCAAUUACUUGUUCUAGAUGGCCAUGGUAGUCAUCUCACGCCUCAAUUCGAUAAGAUGUGCGUGGAUAAUAAUAUUAUUGCCAUCUGCAUGCCUCCACAUUCAUCUCAUCUUCUACAGCCUCUGGAUGUUGGUUGCUUUGGGCCAUUGAAGCGCGCAUACGGAGGUCUAGUCGAGGCAAAGAUGCGCUUGGGAUACAACCAUAUUGACAAGCUUGACUUCCUAAAUACAUAUCCUACAGCUCACCGGACAGUCUUCACGCCUCAGAACAUUCAAAGCGGCUUUGCAGCAGCUGGUAUACUUCCAUUUGAACCUCAGCGGGUGCUUGACAAGCUGAAUAUAUCAAUGGGAACGCCUACCUCCCCUUCAAGCCGUGGAGGAGGUUCAACAGCCUCCUCAUUACUAGCCACACCUCAUACAGCUCAUCAACUCCUCAAGAAAGCAUCCUCAGUCAAGAAGAUGCUUUGGCAGCGCUCUGAGAGUCCUUCUUCACCAUCAAAAAGAACCUUUAAUGAGUUGUUGAAGGGUUGCGAAUUGAUAAUGCACCAGGCAGCAUUCAUGGCGAAGGAAUUACAUGAUCUCCGCGCGGAGAAUGAGAAAACAAAGCAGAAAAAGGGUCGAUCUAGGCGUCAAAUGACUCCAAAUGAAGGACUUUCAAUACAAGAGGCAAGGGAUCUAAUUGCGCAGAGAAAUGAGCAAUUACAUGAAGAAGGUGGUCCAUCUACUAGUUCUACUCCAAUUGCUUCUAUCGCGCGAAAACGCGCUCCGCCAACAUGUUCUGAAUGCCAUAUUCAGGGACAUACAAGGACUAGCUGUCCUACACGUCGAAAUAAUUAA